AGAUACAUAUUCACUUUUCCUAUCACGGCUAACGUCGUCGCUGACGUUUAUUCUGAGCAGCAUCAAAACGGAACAGCAACGCAAGCAGCAGAUUGUUUCGCUUGGAAUCGCGAGCACAGAGGGUCGAUCGUUCGCCGUGCAUAACGUCGUCGCCUCGGUACGAUUCAUUUACCAGACCAAAUAUGUUUUUAAUUAAAAACAACGAUAAGUAGCAGCUGCAGCAAAAUGCUGUAACCAAACUGGACAAAAGCGGGUAGUUUAUUGUACAAAAACAGUCGAGGACAGAAGAAUAACGAAAAUUCAGACAAAUUUUGUGAAAACUUACUUGAGAAUUUGGAAAAAUCAGUGUUUGCAUGGCUUGUUAUAAUUCGAGUUAACACGGUUCCAAAUUGCAUAACACCAAUUGUGUAUAUGUGCGUAAGUGUUAGUGCGUGUUUGUGUGUUGGUGAACACUAGGCAGCAGUGGUGGAAAUAUAAAAGGCAACAAAGCUUGUAAAUUGUGUUGAAUGGCGUAAAGCAGAGCAAGAAUGGAGCAGACGUAUUGAAACUGAGGGGAAAAGUAAGCUACCUAAACUAAAUAGGAGGAGGUCGAUAUUGAAAUCCGUCCAAAAAAUAACGAACGCAGUGCUGCAUCAUUUGGGACACGAGCGUUAAAGAGUAGUUUAAUAUUAAGUACGCUCUGAAUGCAAAUAUUUAAUUCCUGAUGAUUUUGCAGACAAUUGUGUUGCAGUGAAUUACUACAUAAUGUAUAACUACAAAUGAAUCGACAAUAAUUGUCCUAAUUGAUCCCGUUUCUAAUAGAUUCAUACAAUUUUAUAAUCUAUCGCAUAUUGGAACAGUUUCUCACUUCCCACCGGCAGAAAUGGCAGGUUGUAAAUAAAGUUAUACACUACAGAGGGUAGAGAAGAUUGACAACACAUCAUAAAAUAGUAUUCGAAUCACAAUAGCUCUGAAAUAUUAAGCCAAAUCAUAUAAAUAUAUGGUAAACAAUACUAAAAUAGAGAAUCGAGGUAAAACAUCUAAGCAGCAACCUGAAACCCACAACAACGCCGAAACACCUUCGAAUUUAUUCACCACCUUAUCAUACCCAACAACAAUCGAUUCAGUCGCCGUUGCAGCUACGGCACUUCGUUGUACUCUGCUUCGUUGCCCAAGAAAAAAUGUACGCAAAGACUGCGCUGGUGGCAAAAAAGUGCACGAAAUAAUUGAAGUGGGGCAUAUAAGUCAUAUCUCAUCAUAAAUACACUUAGUUAAUUAUUAAAAUAAUAAACGCUUGUGCAAAGUAGAAAUCAGGUCCUUUUGUAACAAAAAUUAAUCAAAAUAUAUUUACCGACGUAACCCAUCAGUAUUGCAUCAAUAAGUUCGUUGAUCAUGAGAGUGAAGAGCGUAGAAAGUGUGAUGUGACGAGUGAAUAAUACGACUACGCAGUGUGUGCAAGAGAGUGAACGAGUUGAAGUGAAUUAUAGUGUGGUGAAAAAUAGAAGAACUACUGCAUAAAGCGAAAGCGAAAAGGGUAACGAGUGAGCAGGUGCGUUGCAUUAAUUCAUAUUUUCGCAUAUCUGCGUACUCGCUCGAGUGUGUAUGCAAGAUUGUUCUUCACGGUAGAAAUUGCUCUGAAGUUGAAUAAACGUUUCGCUGUGUUUGUCUGAUUGAUUGUAUGCACCAGCCGUUGAACAGAGCCAACAAACAAACCAUUAGCAGCUAACGACAGAGCCGGAGCCAGAGCCAGAGCAGGGCAGAGCAGAGCUGCGUAGCGAGCGACAUUUAUAUUCAUCGGUCAAAUCGGUCGGGAUAUGGCCGUGUUCUUAAUAAAUAUCUGCAAAUUUAAUGGCUGCGGCAUCACGUUUCCUAGUUUAGGAGAUCUAAUACAACAUAUUGAGGACACGCAUAUCGACUAUGAUCCUAAAGUGGUCGAACAAAAAGAGCAGGCGCAGCCUGCAUGUUUGCCGUUGAGCUAUGUGCUACGCUUCAUCUCGGAAGAUGCACGUAAGGAGAGCCCGUUCCUAUCCGCCAAUACGCCGGGCGUCGAGCUCAAACGGAAGCUGGCGAUCAAACAUCACAGUUACAGUAUGUCGUCGUCAAAUCGCAGCAAUACGCCUACUGGCAGUGAAAUGGACGAUGACGAAAUGGUUGUUUCGGAGUCAGAAGAUAGCAAUGAUUCUUGGACAACCGAAGAAUUCAGUUCCGAGUUCAUAAUGCGUUACGGGAGCAGGCAUUCCGGUACCGGCAGCAAUGGCACACCGGGCAAUGAGAAACCGUUUGCGUGUCCCGUGCCUGGUUGUAAAAAGCGUUACAAGAACGUCAACGGCAUCAAGUAUCACUCGAAGAAUGGCCACAAAAAAGACGGGAAGGUGCGCAAAGGCUACAAGUGUCACUGCGGUAAAAGCUACAAAACUGCUCAAGGCUUGAAGAAUCACGCAUUGGUAUCACACAAUUCAUCACCAGAGAGCAUCUUGAGCGCACAGCAUGUAGCGAAUAUAACAUCUAGCAGCAGCGGCACGGGCGUCAAUGCGUCAGGCAUCAUUUUGCAACGCAGCAGCUCGCCCUCGCAGUCGUUGGGUUCACUCAGUCCAUCCAGUAUCAGCAAUAUGUCGAGUAGCGCCAGUAGCUGUCACGGCAGUGCCAGCGGCAACACCUAUAACGGCAACAGUAAUUCUGCUGGUAAUAAUGGUGGUGGUGGUGGCAACACCACAAGUUCUGUGGUCACAAAUAAUGUGCUGCAGCAAUUGACGAACGGUUCACUAGGCAGUGGCAGUCCCAACGUUGUGGCCACCACAAAUGGUGUUGGUCUCAGCUUACAUCAUCACCAACAUCAUCAACCUCAGCAGCAGCAGCAGCAACAUCAGUUCGGCAGCCAACAGCAACCACAAUUGCAAAGUAUUGGAGCGUCGGCAACAGCAUCAUCAGAACAAAUUAAUGCAAGCAACUCCGCAUGCAUGCCAUUCAAUGGGCAACUGCUCACUGCAGCUCCGUCGAUCGCUAAUGCCAACAGCGCAGCCGUCAAUAGUCGUGUUCCUGCCGCAGUCAUCGGGGCACCACCGGUGGCCACAGUUGCGGUCAGCGUUAACGGCACACCAAUGAAUGCCAAUAGCAAUGCCGUUGCGCCCAUCUUCGGCAGCUCGCCCAUCAUUUCACCCACUUUCAUCGAGCAUAAGUACUCCGCAAACACAUUUAAACAGAAAUUUUUGGCAAACCUUCGUGCCAACCAUGGCGGUGCGGGUAAAACACAUAUUAACAACAAUAAUGACAACAGCAGCAACAACAAUAAAACUGGCCAUAACAAACAUUCGAUUGGCAAUACGAAUGCCAAUAAUAGCUGCGACAAUACCAACAAUGGCAGUAAUUACAAUGCAAAUGCCGUUAGAAAUGAUAAUGCAGCUGCAGGCGGCGGCUUGUCGGUCAAUCAUUGUUCGAAUGUCGCUGCCAUGGGUCCUGUAGUCGGUAUUGACGAUUUGUGCUCCAUACAGCAGCAGUUGAGCGAAAACUAUAAUAAAAGUGCAAUGUAUUCGAGGACAAUAAACUGAAUGCUUACGUUAUAUGUACGUCUGUCACAUGGGGAUUACAUAGUUAUUAGAAUAUUCGUACAUACAUACAUGUAAAUUAAGCGUGAAUGUAAAUUUGGCUGUGAUGUAAAUGAUGAAGACUGCGGAAAGGCAAAAUGGCGACAUGAAAUGAUCGGAAAACUAUUGAAUUGAGAAAUUAGCAACAAUGAAGGAGAGAGAUGAGAAAAGUUUGGGAGAACACAGCAGUUUAGGCGUGUAGUUGUGGGUGCGCUUUGCUGCAGAAAUUAUGACGCUUUUAUUGCUUUGGAGGUAAAACGAAAAUUUCCCAAAUUAUAUUUUGUUCCGUUUGAUUUUUUGGUAUUUUAAAUGUUUUGUUUGACUCAAUUACAUAGUUUCUUUUCCUUGCUUCCAACGCCUUGAAUUCAUCCAAUAUUGUAUACGACUUAUUAUUAAUUCAACAUUUGCAUUUUAAAUUGGUCGUAUUUGCAAUAAAAAUUGUUAUUUUUGAAACACAUAUAUUUAUUUAUUCUCAAAUAUUUAUAAAGCACUUUCUCACAGUUCAAGGAAGAUGCAGCUUUUAUGUCUUAUAUAUACAUAAAUAAAUAAAUAAACACAAAGGGAUUCGGCAUUCUAUCAAUUCUAUUAAUUCUAUUUUACGCUACAAUAUAUGCUGUUAAUAUAUACUGUUGAUUUUGAAUCCAGCACGUUCUUUCUUUUGACUGCACGCGGUGUCACUCAAUCCAAUUAAAGAAAUUUAUAAACAAGUAUACAUAUACAAAUGCAUAUUAUAUUUAACGUAACUAAUUAAACUCGCUGUACCAAAAAUUAUCUCUUAAGGAGUUCAACAUGUAUCCUUGACUAUGCGUCGUCAUAAAAACUGAAAACUGAAAAGAACAAAAUUAAAAAUAAGUAUUUGCAUUGGCAAAGUGGGGAAAGUUUGCAGAAUGGGCAAAAGUUUUGAAGUUCAACAAUGGUUGAACUGCGUAGGCACUUCUUCAUUUUUACAAAGUUUUCUUUCUCCUCGAUUUUUUACUCACACUAUGUUUUAAUAUUUAUAGCGAAAUAUAAUGCAAUUAAUUACAUAUGAAAUUUUAUUUAUGCUCUUUAACUAGUCACUAUUCUUGUAGGCAAAUUAGUUACUAACUUUUAAUUUGAAAAUGUAAUUAUACUAUUUUUGUACAUAUAUAGUAUUUAGCAUAGUUAGUAAAUAGUCAAAUGAUAGACAAGUUAAUUCACGGAUUUGUUUAAAAAUGAUGUGUGUAUAUGUAAUAACUGAAAUUAUUUGAAAUUUUCUUUUAAAGAAAAAUAUAUGCAUAUACAUACAUAAGUAUAACCCCUAGAAACAUUACUCUAUGUCGACAGUUGGCAAAGCAACCGCUUUGGCCGCUCCUUACUGGAGUGAGAGCCAAUUUGUGGUAAUCCAAUUUAGCUUAACAUAUUAUUCAAACCUUUCUGUAUGUAUUAAGAGUUAAACUUCAUGGACGUAAAAAUAGUUUAAA